AUGGAUAAGCUCGUCACGACGUGGCUGUACGAGAUCCCGACGGAGCCGCAGAAGGUCGAGGAGGCCGUAGACUCGGUGCAGCUGCUGGUGCUGAAGGUGUACUCCCAUAUCCGCUCGCAGGUCUGCAACAACGUGGAGCUGUUCGCGGAGUCUUUCUUCAAGCUGCCCCUGAUGCGCAGGCUGGAGGAGGACAUGAUGAAGAUAGAGCUCUCCGACGUCGACAGGGAGGGCUACCGGGUGCGGCGCGAGAGGCUGCAGCACGAGCAGGCGGCCAACGCGCACGGGUUAAAGGAGGUGAAGGACUGCGUGCGCAUCCUGCAGGACUUCACCUUCCGGGCCAAGGCGUUGCAGGCUGCGCAGUGA